ACUUCGUACCAGAAUUCAAGUCUCCCGCGUGCAUGCAAGGUGCUGGGUUCAAACUCCGUCACCGAAGCAUUUUCCCACGCAUUCCAGCAGUCGGAUGUAUCAUCCAUACGCCCCACCGACAGCAGCACUUUCAAGCUCCGAAUACGCAAGUCUAUCAAAGUCGCUACUCCACCAGCCAUGAGCGAUUUCGACCUAUUGUCUCCAGUUCCUGGAGGCCCGAAAUGGGUCAUAGGAGUCUGUGCCAUGGACACCAAAGCCCGGUCGAAGCCCAUGCGGAAUAUUUUGAACCGACUUGUAUCCACCGGACACUUUGAGGCUGUCAUUUUUGGAGAUAAGGUCAUUUUGGACGAAGCGGUUGAGAACUGGCCAAGUUGCGAUUUCCUAAUUUCGUUCUUCUCCAGUGGGUUUCCUUUGGAGAAGGCUAUUCGAUACGUCAAGCUGCGGCAGCCGUUUUGCGUGAACGAUCUGCCGAUGCAGCAACUAUUGUGGGAUCGACGUUUGGUGUUGAUGAUUCUCGACAAAGUGGGCGUGCCAACACCUAGGCGAUUGAUCAGCCACACUGGGAACGGCCCGUUCUUGUCCGAAGACAUCCUCGAGAGGUUAGACAACCUAGGCAUCAAAGUGCCCACGGAUCCACAGCCACAUGUCGUCCCUGAACUUAUCAACAACGAUACGCUCAAAGUGGGAGAUCAAACUAUCAAGAAGCCAUUCGUGGAGAAACCAGUAUCUGGGGAAGAUCACAACGUCUACAUAUAUUACUCCUCCGCGAUGGGCGGAGGCGUUCGGAAACUUUUCAGGAAAGUGGGAAACAAGUCCAGCGAGUUCUGCCCGGACGUGGUGGAUAUCCGUCGGGAUGGGUCCUACAUCUACGAGGAGUUUAUGAAUGUGGACAACGCGGAAGAUGUGAAAGUGUACACUGUCGGUGACCGCUACACGCAUGCUGAGACACGGAAAUCGCCGGUGGUGGACGGCGUUGUGCGCCGUAAUGCUGAGGGCAAAGAGGUCCGAUACAUCACGGCCCUGACGGAUGAGGAAAAGGAGAUGGCCAAGCGAGUCACUGUAGCGUUCGGGCAAACCGUCUGUGGAUUCGAUCUCUUGCGUGCGGAUGGCAAGUCCUACGUUAUCGACGUGAAUGGGUGGUCUUUCGUCAAGGGAAACGACGACUAUUAUGACAAGUGCUGCUCGACGCUCAGGCAGAUUUUCUUGGAGCAUACGACGACCUUGAAGCCUGGGAAACUGAAUAAGGAGCCAAGCAUUGAGAACCAGUGGAAGCUCAAAGCUUUCCUUUCUGUCAUGCGCCACGCUGAUAGAACACCGAAGCAGAAGAUGAAGUUUGUUUUCGGUAGCAAGCCUUUUGUGGAUCUGUUGAACGGGCAGGAGGGCGAAGUAGUCUUCAAAAAACUCGAACAGCUCAACAAAGUCGCCGAAGCAUGCCGCAUCGCCCUCGAAACCAAAUCUGAGGACGAGGCCACACUCCAACAGCUACGUGAGGUCCUUGCAGCAAAGUCUCGGUUUUCCGGUACCAAAGCACAGAUCAAACCUCAGUUCAACAAGUCGAAUAAAACACUGGAAAAGGUGCAAUUGAUCGUCAAGUGGGGUGGAGAGUUUACACACGGUGGCCGGCAUCAAACUAAGGAGAUUGGGGAGAAUUAUCGCAAGGAUCUUAUGCUCAUCAACAAGGAUCUGUUGGACGACGUGCAGAUAUACAGCAGCUCCGAGCAGCGUGUAACGGCCACCGCCGAUUUCUUUGUCCGCUAUUUCCUCAAACUCGACGAUGUUCCCAAGAAUAUCAUAGUGGUCAGCAAGGAGAUGUUGGACGAUUCGAAUGCGGUGAAGGAACAGACGGAGAGCCUGAAAGGUCGAAUUCAGAGGAUUCUGAAUGGGGAGGAGUUGACAGAGGAUGGGAGCGUUGAUAGUGCCGCGGCCAAAUCGGCGGAGCUGGAUGAGACUAUCGACAUUCUGAGGAAACUGCGGAACGUGAUGAGGGAGAAGUUUACCAAAUUGGAUGUGGAUGUGAUUCAAAGACGGUGGUGUUGCUCGGAAACGCCCAUGCUGUUCAAGGAACGGUGGGAGAAGAUGAUGAAGGACUUCUGUGACGUGGAGCGGAAAUCGUUUGAUCCGUCAAAGAUCUCCGAGCUGUACGAUUCGUUGAAGUAUGAUUUGAUACACAACCGAGAUUUCUGCAUGACCAUUUUCGGCGCAACAGAGGGCAGCGACCUAGUCAAACAGCUUUACGCGAAAUCAAAAGCCAUGUUUGAUUUCGUUGCGCCAAAGGAAUACGGAAUCGAGAACGAAGAAAAGCUCGAAAUCGGCGUCCUCUCCUCCGUUGCCCUCCUCCGCCAGCUCGUUGCCGACCUCCAACUCGCCCGCUCGAGCCCCAAACCCAGCGCGCGUUUCUACUUUACAAAAGAGUCCAAAAUCAUCGCUUUACUGAACAUCGUUCUCCUCUGCGGCCUGCCCACCCGCAUAGGAAAAGUCGACGAGCUCGAUUACCUCACCCAAAUCACGUUUGAGCUCUAUGAACGUGCACGCGGACUCGGGACUGAGGAUGACGAACAGUUGGCGAGGGAGUAUAGUCUAAGGAUUGGGUUCAGCCAGGGAGCGCAUCAUGCCGAGCUUGUGGAUCUGCAUUUGGAUAGUAAGCAUUCGUUGAGUGUGGCGCCGAGGAUAUGGAUUAGCGAUCAUGUUAGUUUGGAUGAGGCGUUGGGAUACCUUACGCCGAGGAUGAAUGGGAGCCCGGUGCCGCCUAAGUAGAGAUAGGAUUUUUCAUAGAGCCAUGUAGAGCAGAAACUUCGAGGUCAACACUGCACAUUGAUGCCGUUGUAUUUCCGUCGUCGAUGUUUCAUUUUGUGCGUUCAUCACCCUUCAUAUAACACUUUAAUACACCUAUGUAGACAGAGCGAGAUGUCCGGUGCGAUGAAUAUGC